AUGCUGCUAAUGGACUUUGUGAAUCAGCUCAACCGACAACAUCCACACCUCACCACCCGUAUAACGCUCACCGACCUCGCACAAUUUCUUGAUCUUGCCAGUGCAGUGUACAUCCGCAGCGACAAAGUCUUCCAGUUCACCUCAUGUGAUUACCGUAUCAUUCCGUUUCUUGAGCUUGCCUUAAAGCUCAAAAUCGAGCCCUGUGACUACAAAGCUCUAUGGACCCUCACUUUCCCAUCGCUCCCGUUUGUGCACCUCGAUUCUACUGGGCUAAUACGUACCUACGGACUUGUGGACAGCCUCAAGAAGAAGACACAGAUUCACGAAGUUUAUCUUACUCCCCCAACAAGUGUCUGUCUUGUUUGUCAUCAGCCAAAGCAUCCCUCGCUCUCCAAACGCCCUCGUAGACAAGGAUAUUUGUAUGACCUGGAUGGUAUCCAUUCUGCCAAGUUCCAUACCUGGGCUUGUCUAGAUUGUGGUACCAUCUACCGACCUUCCUAUUAUACUGCCGAAAAGAUGAGGAUCUACUACACCAAAGCGCAGGGGGCAAAUCAAGACCACUACCAGGUCCAUUGCCACUUUGCUAUGUCCAAACGCCUUGCAAGGUUCUUUCAACAAUCGCAAAUGCUUGCACAGGCCAGCAAGUACCGACUCACAAAGCACAAUCAACACCUAAGAUUUCACAAGAAGUGGCCCGUGACGGGGUCGACCUGUUCAGUUUGCUCCGCUGAACCUCUCGUCGUGGCGCCGUUCUCUACAUGGAUGCUACCGGGAAAAACGCCGACCGAUUCUUACCGGCUAUGGUCCGAGAGCUCUACCACAUCGCCAAUCAUGGUUGAAGACCAAGGAGUGGUGACUACCAAAGUGAUACGUGCGGUUGUGACCGAUGGUCUUACAAUUGGACACUGGCGAUGUAGUGCCUCAUCGGUGCAGCUUGAAGCGCUUGCUCAUCGGGAUGGGCGAGCUGCCCCCAAUGGGCCAUGCCUCAACCCGUUACCAAAGGUCAACUCUCGAUUUUGUGCUGACCAUGAGGUCAGUUUGAAGGGAUGGUGCAUUGCACAACCAUGCAACGCCCUCGCCGACCCUGGGUCAAAAGUUUGUGGCAACGAAGACCACCAAGCAGCAAUGGAGGCAUUUCAAGCAAAGAAAAAGAAGAAUUUUUCGCUCAAAUCCAUGCUCAACCGGCCUGGUUCGAACUUGCCAUCCGAUCCGUCCGUUCAUCUAAACCCACUGACUGCGGAAAUCAUUGAUCUCGACGAAAUCGUCCAAGCCGACGAGUCUGAUCGCGCCCAUGAGGCCGCGCGUGAUGGUGGCGAGGCCAAGCCAAAAGGAUCAGCAUCUUUGUCCCGAAACCGCACUCAUAACGAUCAACUAAUUGUAGGAACUUGCGGAAUUAUAUUGAGCCAGAAGACAUUCUACAAUGCAGAAGCUCCCAGUGCUUUGAGGGACUAUCUGGUCGAAGCGUUCCCCGACCAACUUCCUGAAGUCAUAUUUUAUGACAAUGCCUGCAAUCUCCUGCGAGUCAUUCACAAAGGUCAAACGGAUCCAGCACCAUUCCAAAACACCAUCAUCCCUGUUGACCCUUUUCAUCACCGCUCUCACAAGGCGAGCGAUCAGUUUUGCCAAAUGUACACCGACCCGAAAUUGUUCCCCGACUUGCAACAGGACGGAAACUGGAUCUUCAAUUCCUCCGCCGGGGAAUUGUCUAACAUCUGGUAUGGGGGGUUUGCUUCCAUGUGUCGAAACAUGCAAGCGACACGUUAUGAGUUCUUCCUGGAGGAAAUGGUGGAGUAUCGCAAUGUCUGGCUUACUGACGCUUUGCACGGUCGUGAAAAUGUGGAAUAUGUGGUGGUUGCGAAAUUAUAA